GUGGCCGCUUUCUCGAGACCGUCAUUCGCAUCUGCACUUCUGACGUGAGCGCGAGCGUCAGGUAUUCCCCACCUCCAUCGCCGUCAGCGAUCUCCUACGUAAGGAGACAGGGAGGGCUCGCAGUUUUCCCCGGUGUAGUCACAUGUGCAUGAACGAGGCCAGCGAUCGUCUCGGAGCGGAUUCGAGAUCGUCUUACUACCGCGUGUCAAUCGGUCGGACUUUGAGCUAUUUUUCCCCGAUUGUAUCCUUUCCACGCUUUUCCGCAUACUCUCGACGUCGAGUGAAGUAACGAAAGACUAACCAGAUUACUCAAGGUGAAAAUGUAUAAGGCAAGGACAAUAGUCAGUACGCUGGCCCCCUUGGCGCCGCGCAUAUGCGGGCCCGAAAGAUACGCAUCCUGGGUGGUGCGCAGUCAUCCGUUGACUAGGACCAGCCAGGUAAUCCUUACGGAGCCCCCGCGCAAGUGGCACAGCAGCCAGGUGGCAGCCGAACCCUUUUUGAAUGGCAGCUCCAGCUCUUACGUGGAGGAGAUGUACAACGCGUGGCUGCAAGAUCCGAACAGCGUGCAUGUGUCAUGGGAUUCAUACUUUCGAAACAGCACCGCUGGAGCUUCCCCAGGACUCGCAUAUCAGGCACCACCAUCCCUCGCUCCAAAUUUCAACCAGAUACCACUCGGAGCGUUGUUGCCCCUAGGUGGCGGAACGCAACUUGGUCAGUCACCUGUUAAUGAAAAAAUUAUUGACGAUCAUCUAGCGGUGCAAGCUAUUAUUCGUUCUUAUCAGAUUCGUGGCCAUCAUAUCGCUAAAUUGGAUCCACUCGGCAUCAACAGCGCUGAUCUUGAUGAUAGACAUCCGCAAGAAUUACUCUAUACCCAUUAUUCAUUCGGAAAGAGACCACGCACUACUUUCUCGCAGGAUCUUCAAUACCGGGUAGCUCUCCUAAUGAAAAAGGAGUCGGACAUGGAUCGUGUUUUCAAAUUGCCAUCCACCACAUUUAUUGGCGGCAAGGAGAAAUCGUUGCCGUUGCGUGAGAUUCUGAAACGGCUCGAGGCCGCUUACUGCGGUCACAUCGGUGUCGAGUUUAUGUUCAUUAACUCCUUGGAACAAUGCAAUUGGAUCAGGCAAAAAAUGGAGACACCUGGAAUUAUGGAAAUAACGAAUGACGAAAAGAGGCUUAUUUUAGCUAGAUUAACACGUGCAACUGGAUUUGAGGCAUUUUUGGCGCGCAAAUGGUCUUCAGAAAAGAGAUUCGGCUUGGAAGGUUGCGAAAUUUUGAUUCCAGCUAUGAAACAAGUGAUCGAUAAGUCCACGGAAUUGGGAGUUGAGUCGAUUGUUAUGGGUAUGCCUCAUCGUGGUCGUCUCAAUGUUCUUGCUAAUGUCUGUCGCAAGCCGCUGAGUCAAAUUUUUACACAAUUUGCUGCUCUCGAAGCCGCUGAUGAUGGUUCCGGCGAUGUGAAAUAUCACUUGGGCACAUAUAUAGAACGUCUUAAUCGAGUGACAAACAAAAAUAUUCGUCUCGCCGUGGUUGCAAAUCCAUCGCAUUUGGAGGCGGUAGAUCCGGUGGUUCAAGGCAAAACACGCGCCGAACAAUUCUACCGUGGCGAUGGCGAAGGCAAAAAAGUCAUGUCUAUUCUUCUUCACGGAGAUGCUGCGUUCUGCGGUCAAGGCAUUGUCUUUGAGACAAUGCAUUUGUCUGAUCUGCCUGAUUACACCACUCACGGUACUAUUCACAUCGUUGUGAAUAAUCAGAUCGGUUUUACUACCGACCCGAGACAUUCACGAUCGUCGCCGUACUGCACUGAUGUGGCCCGAGUGGUAAACGCACCUAUUUUCCACGUGAAUUCCGACGAUCCCGAAGCAGUAAUGCAUGUGUGCAAGGUAGCAGCGGAAUGGAGAGCCACCUUCCACAAGGAUGUUGUGAUCGAUUUAGUUUCCUACAGGCGCAAUGGGCACAAUGAGAUUGACGAGCCAAUGUUCACGCAGCCUCUGAUGUAUCGUAAAAUCAAGAACACUUUGUCAGCUCUUGACAAAUAUGCCAACUCAUUGACGGAAAGUAAUGUCGUCACGCCUGAAGAAGUUAAGGAUGUCAAAGCCAAAUAUGAGAAAAUCUGUGAGGAGGCAUAUAACAAUGCCAGGCAAGAAACACAUAUUAAGUACAAAGAUUGGUUGGAUUCGCCAUGGUCUGGUUUCUUUGAGGGAAAAGACCCGUUGAAGGUUUCGCCCACUGGUAUCAAAGAAGACACCCUUGUACAUAUUGGAAAGAAAUUCUCAUCGCCACCACCAAAUGCCGCCGAGUUUAUCAUUCAUAAAGGUAUCGAACGUAUUUUGAAAUCUCGCAUGGAGAUGGUUGAGGCUAGAACUGUUGACUGGGCUCUCGGCGAAGCAAUGGCUUUUGGAUCUCUUCUUAAGGAAGGUAUUCACGUUCGUUUGUCAGGCCAGGACGUGGAGAGAGGUACAUUCUCUCACAGACAUCACGUACUACAUCAUCAAACUGUUGACAAGGCAACUUAUAGACCACUCUGCUACUUGUACCCUGAUCAGGCACCUUAUACAGUGUGCAACAGUUCCUUGUCGGAAUUUGGCGUUCUUGGAUUUGAGCUGGGUUACUCCAUGACGAAUCCUAAUGCGUUGGUAUGCUGGGAAGCUCAAUUUGGAGACUUCAAUAAUACGGCUCAAUGUAUAAUUGAUCAGUUUAUCAGCAGCGGUCAAGCCAAGUGGGUUAGACAAUCUGGUCUUGUCAUGUUACAACCGCACGGUCUUGAAGGAAUGGGUCCCGAGCACUCUAGUGCUCGUCUGGAGCGUUUCCUUCAGAUGUCUGCCGAUGAUCCGGAUUAUUUCCCACCAGAGAGCGAAGAAUUUGCUGUUCGUCAGCUGCAUGAUAGCAACUGGAUCGUCGCCAACUGCAGCACGCCGGCCAAUUACUUUCACAUUCUACGAAGGCAAAUCGCGCUACCGUUUAGAAAACCAUUGAUCCUGAUGACACCGAAAUCGUUACUCCGUCAUCCAGAGGCUAAAUCUAACUUCGAUCUGAUGCUAGAAGACACGCAGUUCCUUAGAGUGAUACCCGAAGAAGGCCCGGCGGCUCAGAAUCCCAAUAGCGUUAAGAAAUUGCUGUUUUGCUCUGGGAAGGUCUAUUAUGACAUAAAGAAAGCACGCGCGGAACGGAAUAUGGACGACAAAAUCGCGAUUGCGAGAGUGGAACAGAUUUCGCCCUUCCCAUAUGACCUCGUCAAGAAUGAAGCUGCUAAGUAUCCCAAUGCGGAGUUAGUAUGGGCUCAGGAGGAGCACAAGAACCAAGGCGCAUGGACCUAUGUGCAGCCCAGGUUCCAUACGGCGUUAAAUGGCACCCGAAACGUAGUUAGCACGUCAGAUACGAGUGGUCAAGGGUGGUUUACCGGUUUGUUCUCAUCACCCAAACCGACUAAAACCACAACUGUAUCAGAGCCACAAUCAACGGAAUCUACUGAACCAAAGCAAAGAACAGUGAGGUACGCUGGACGUCCCACUGCAUCAUCACCCGCUACUGGCAGCAAAAUGCAACAUCUCAAGGAACUCAAAGAGCUGCUCGAUGAUUCUCUCAGCUUUUAAUGAUCCUUUAUAGCACUUGUAGAACUAAAAGUUUAUUUAUUUUUCUCAUAUUGUAAUGUAUUUAUUACUACAAUAUUAUGCCCUGCUCGACAUACACCACACAAUAGAGAUUACACCGUAGCCAUUUAAAUGAUUUCUUCGCAGUGACGAUUCCUACAUUUAAGUUUGUACGCGCGCACGAAUGUUUCACACUCGUUCAUCCGAGAGAAGUAGUCUUUAUUUUCUCUUAUUUCUUAUUUAUUUUUUCCCCCUUCUAUUGAUGCAUGUGUACACAUGUACACAGUUUGCUUGCAGAGUACAAGCUGAACUGUGAUAUUUAAUUAAAUAUCAAUUAAUUUACAAUCUUAGCUAUACUCAUGCUACGAUUAAUUACUCAUCUGUAUGUAUUUCAUUCUUUUACCUACGUUUGAAUGUGAAUUUUAUGCAUUUCUCUCUUAAUAAUCGACGCGAUUUCACAUGUAAGUUGAAUAAGGUGUUUAAUGCGUGCGAUUGGGUUUGAUAGAACAAUUUAGGUACACACACACACACACACAUAUAUAUAUAUAUAUAUAUAUAUAUUUCAGUUUUACAAAUAUGUAUAUUUAAAUAAAUAGAAAGGAGAAACGAAACAAAAAAGAAACUACGCUAGUCCAUUGAUCUAUGUGAACGUGAAACACUCGUGCGCCUGUUGUGUCCUCUGUACUUCAAUCUGUACUUUAUUCUGAAUUAAUUUUGUGAAGUCGAUAAGAUUACAAAAAGGGAAAGUAUUAUUAAUUUAUGCAAUGUUACGCAGCGCGUACAUUUUAACUUGUAGCAACUGUCCUGUAGUACACUCCGAACCGAAGAGACUGUCUAUGGCAAAGGCUUGUCAAGUACAUAUAUGGCCAAUUUUUUUUCUAGUGAUUUAUUUAUGCGCCAUGAGAUGGUUACCAAUCACUUUAAUUUUUUAUCGUCGCUGUUUUUAUAAAAAAUUAAAUGGGUUGGCGGAUUAUGUAGAUGCGUUCUCGACACGCGAAAGCAGUGUGACGUAGCUCUAAUCCCUCGAGAUCUAUGUAUCUCGUCUCGAGCUCGGUUAUAUUGACACGAUGUUAAGUACCAGUAAUAGAAGUAUGUCCCGAACUCAGAUUCUCAUCCCUGAUUUGAAUGCGUGUCACGACCGAGGCUCUAAUGCUACCCCAUGGACAGUGUCUACGGAUGCAGCUCAGUAAAGAGUGUUGAGAGUAUAAAACAAAUUAGUAAAACCUAAUAUCUAGAAUUAAUUUUAAUAAUAAUUUAGCCGGGAGAAAGCUGUAAGCCGUGCGCGUAGCAGAGGUGCGUAAUAUUUAAUAUUCUUCUAUCUGUACCGUUUGAAAGAUAGGACGCGCAAAUGAAGAAAUGAAUUUUGAAAAACUACUGUUGCAGCACCUUAACGAUAAUCAGAAGGAGCAUUGUGCGUAUCGUAAUAUUCGUAUUAUCUGAGAGCAUUUGGUGAUAAGAAGGUAAUCUUGUUAUUUUGCUUGAUGCGAAUAAAACUAUUAGUUAUGUGAUUUAUCGAUCCACCACGAUAUUGUUAGAAAGUUCAAACAAAAACCAUAUAGUACCUACCGUUUUACUUGUUCUUAUCUGUUGUAUCGUGUGCAUAUUUAUAACAAUAACACCGGCACACGUGCUUAAAAAGAAAUGUCCCAUCAAACAAAUGUCUGACACUUACAAAUUUCAUUGAGUAAAAACGACUUAUGAUAUUACGCCCGAUAUUGUAGUAUCUUGUUGCUGAUUGAAUUAAAUUGUCUCAUCGUCUCA